AAUCGAUGCUUUGGGCUGUUCGGGCCAUGGAUAAUCUCAACGUAUUGAGCUUGAUCUGGCCCAUUCACUGCCAAGUAACAUAGACGACCACGCCAUAUUGCUCUAUAGAAAUUUCUCUCGUUUAUAUUUUCUUUGAUCUUCGCCAUUUUGCAAUCUCAAGGUUAAUUCGCUUUUCAAUUUUAAUACAUCAAUUGUGUUUCUUGAAACCCUUUUCACCUGAAGCUGGGUACCCAAAGGAAAACCUGCAAUUAAGGUGCUGUUAUGGGAAAUUGCUGAAGUAUAAAUGUUUUACAAUCUUCUCCCUGUACUGAAAUUACAAAACAAGGUAGCCGUAUAAAUGAAAAGUCUUUAGUGCAAGUAUUUGAUUCCUUUUUUCCUGAAGUUUAGUGAAUUUCCCGCCUGCAAAAUGGAGUCCAAUGCUAUCGUCACAGUCGCAAACCCGAAUUUAGAACCUCGAGAUGAUAUGGAAUUUGACACACAUGAGGCUGCUUAUGAAUUCUAUAAAGAAUACGCUAAAUCUGCUGGUUUUGGCACUGCCAAAUUGAGCAGUCGCCGUUCUCGAGCUUCAAAGGAAUUUAUUGAUGCGAAAUUUUCAUGCAUAAGGUAUGGUAACAAGCAACAAUCUGAUGAUGCCAUAAAUCCUAGGCCGUCUCCUAAGAUAGGUUGUAAAGCUAGUAUGCAUGUGAAGCGAAGGCCGAAUGAGAAAUGGUAUGUUCAUAGUUUUGUUAAGGAGCACAACCACGAGCUUUUACCUGCUCAAGCACACUUUUUUAGAAGCCAUAGAAAUGCUGAUCCUGAUAACAGUGAUGCUAAAGUUCGGAAGAGGAAAAUGUUUGCUGCAGGGUCAAAACAAUAUGGUGCUUAUCAUUUUCCAGUUCUUUCUUCAGAGAAUAUUGUCCGGAAUCAGCAUGAUAGGGGGCGGUAUUUGAGUUUGGAAGACGGGGGUGCACAAGUUGUACUGGAGUUUUUAGCGCACAUGCAGGAAGAGAAUCCAAAAUUCUUUUAUGCUUUGGACUUCAAUGAAGAGCAUCGGCUGAGAAAUGUGUUUUGGGUUGAUGACAAAGGCAUUGAGGAGUAUGCAUAUUUUGGUGAUGUGGUAUCAUUUGACAUGACAUAUUUCACAAACAAGUUUAAAAUUCCAUUGGUCCUCUUUAUUGGAGUGAACCAUCAUAUUCAACCCACGCUGCUCGGUUGUGCAUUCAUUGCAGAUCAAACUGUGCAUACUUUUGUUUGGUUGAUGCAAACAUGGCGUUUGGCAAUGGGGAAAGAAAGUCCUAGAAUCAUACUUACUGACCAAAAUGAUGCCAUCAAGGCAGCUGUUCCAGUUGUCUUUCCCGACACUCAUCAUUUUUUCCACCUGUGGAAUGUACUGGAAAAGAUCCCCACUCAUCAUUUUUUCCACCUGUGGAAUGUACUGGAAAAGAUCCCUAGGCAUCUUGAUUAUCAGAGCCCGUGGCACGAUACAUUCAUGAAAAAACUUCGUAAAUGCAUAUAUAGGUCAUGGACUGAAGAAUUAUUUGAAAAAAGAUGGCGGAAAUUGCUCCAGAGAUUUAGGCUAAGAGAAGACCGGUGGAUGCAAUCCUUGUACGAAGACCGCAAGCUCUGGGUGCCUACAUUUAUGAAGGGCAUGUCUUUUGCUGGAUUGUAUGUAGCUACGAGAUCAGAAAGUCUGAACUCUUUCUUUGACAAAUAUAUCAACAGGGAAACUUCUCUCAAGGAUUUGAUAGGACAAUACAAAUUAAUCCUUGAAGACAUGUAUGAAGAGGAGGCCAAAGCAAAUUUUGAUGCCUGGCAUGAAACACCCGAGCUGAAGUCCCCUUCGCCUUUUGAGAAACAAAUGUUUCUUGUAUAUACUCAUGAAAUAUUCAAAAAGUUUCAAAUCGAGGUACUGGGAGCUGCCGCAUGCCAUCUGAAAAAAGAAAAACAAGACGGGUCAACUGUAAUGUAUGGGGUUAAAGACUUCGAAGAUAAUCAGGAUUUUAUUGUGGAAUGGAAUGAACUAGAAUCAGAUAUAUAUUGUUCAUGUCUUUCAUUUGAAUAUAAAGGUUAUCUUUGUAGACAUGCCAUUGUGGUUCUUCAAAUGUCUGGCGUAUUCAGUAUACCGUUUAAGUACAUACUGCAACGGUGGACUAAUGCUGCCACUAGUAGGCUUGCUAUAAGCGAAAAAUUGGAUGAGGUACAAUCUAAAGUCCGUCGUUACAAUGAUCUAUGCCAACGAGCUAUAAUAUUAGGUGAAGAAGGGUCACUGUCUCAGGAUAGUUACGGUAUUGCUGUUGCUGCCAUCGAAGAGGCUCUGCUACAAUGUGAAAACGUGAGUAACCCUUCUAAAAAUAAUUUGAGACUGAACAUAUCGGCAACUCUUCCCAUUCAAGGUGUUGUGGGAGUAAACCAAGGUAGCACUAUCACAAGUGGAGAGCAAAUGCCUAAUGAUGAUGUGAUCCGGACAAACAAGGGUUCCAAGAGAAUAGAUUCUGGAAAGGAAUUGGUCAAUAAUGAUGGAAAUGCAAACAAGAAAGGAAAGCAGGGGCCAAUGGAGACACAAAUUGUAAAUGUUGGGUCUCAAGGCGUUUUUCAGCCAAUGGAUGUGUCUGGUAGCCUAGAUUAUCCUACAUUGUACCCAAGGUUUCUUACGACAUUGUUACGGGGUGGUGAUAUGUCCAAGAGAAGUGUGGAAAUGCUUGACGAGAUGUUGGAGGAACAAAGCUGAACGUGCCAUUAUUGAUGGAUCUUGGACUUGCAAGGAUGAGAACUUUAUCCACCCAAUUGGAUACAGAAUAGUUCCCGAGGUAGAUGCUGGACUGCAUUUGAUAUAAUAUGUUAUCUGCAAUUCGUUUUCUUGGGAUAUUGAUCCACAGGAGAUGACAUCCAUUAUGUUAACCAUUAUAUGGUUGGCAUUCUUGGAUUCCGGUUGUGUGGGAAGGUGGAUUGUCUAUGCUGGGAACUCAUUCUGUCUUGGCCUUUCUACAGUCAGGAUUCAGGAGUCAACUGAGCCAUUUUUGCUAGUCGUAUCAGGCAAAUCUGAAAGACGGCACCACAGGGAGUCUAUUACUGUACCUUUUUUUUUUCCUCCCUGGAUAGUAGUGUAAUUGUAAAACAACUGAAACAAAAGAGUUAGGCAGUUGCCAAACCCGUACGCUAUAUUGGAUAGAAUUGACAGUAUAAUGUACAAGAUUUUAGCUUUUUUCUUCCUCCUUCCAAUUCUCA